CAAUAACAAUAAUACUUCUUUCUCUUCAAACACAAAUCCGAAUUUACAACCGGAUAAUUUUACUUCUAACAUUCAUAAUAACUAUUCUUCCAGUAGCACAACGAAAAAUAGUAGCGGCGAAACUUCUUCUUCAACAAAAAAUAAUUCUAUUACCAACAACACUAGUGUUUCAAGCAGUAAUGAAGAUGACCAUUUUCCUUCAGCAAACACUGGCGAAUGCUCCUUACAUUCUGCUGAUGACAGAAAUAAUUCUGCUAGUAGCAAUAGUAGUGCUUCUGCUCCAACCAGCUUACCUAAAAAUAACCGCCAAGCAAAAAGCCUUGAAGGAAAGGAGUCAACCGAAGCCCUCAAAAACCAAGUUAUUAAGGAGAUCCAAAUUAAUCGUGAAGAAAUUAUUGCUUACCAAAAAACUCUUUUGCAAGCAGUUGAGCAAGCUAGCCAAUCCCAAUUGAAGCAAAAUACUCAUGCUUCUUCUACCAGCCAGGAAAAAGGAAAAGGUCUUACCCCUCCCCAGUUAGCGGAAUUAAAUAAAGCGAUUGAAACAGAGUUUGAUAUCAAAGGAGGAACAUUUGCUCCGGCUGCCCAAAAAGUUGAUGAACAAAAAACUACUAGUUCGGCUAACGUCUCUUUGAAAGUGUUAGAGAUUGGCAAGCAACCAGUGCAAAUUUACGGAGCAGUAAAAGACAUUAUUAAUAAGGAAACAGGCAGACAAAUAAAUAUUAUUAAUGCUAAACAAAUAAUCGAUCAAAAAAAACCAAUUUUAGAAAAUAUCCCGAAAGCCAGAGCGGAGGAAUAUAAAAAACAAUUAGAAGGAAAAAAAGAAGAAGAAAGAGGAGUGAAAGUAGAAAUAAUUGAAUAA